GCGUAAUGGGAAGAACUUAGGUGGAGGGAGGGAGUAUAAAUAUAUAUACCCGGUAUGUCUUUCUUUAGUUGAGAUUUUUGACUCAUUCAAUUAUAAAAAAAUUAAAACACAGAUGCAGCCCGCCGGCGGCUUGCCGUAUUACUACCCGAUGGCAAUACUGCUCGCCCUUUUUUUGUUCGCCUUGCUUUUCUUUUGUUAUUCCACAAUGAAGCCCACUCCCCGGAACUGGCCGGCGGUCGGAAUGUUGCCGGGGCUCCUCCGGAACGCCCACAGAAUCCACGAGUUCGCGACCGAUCUGGUGAAGGCCGGCGGCGGGACAUUCGUCCUCAAAGGCCCGGCGUUUUCCGACAUGGACAUGCUCGUCACCGCCGACCCGGCAAACAUCCACCACAUCCUCAGCAGAAACUUCUCCAAUUACCCAAAGGGCCCACAGUUCCGCAAAAUGUUCGAUAUUCUAGGCGACGGAAUCUUCAACGUCGAUUCCCACCUCUGGGAGCUUCACCGGAAAACCACUCUCUCCAUCUUCAACCACCCAAGGUUCUUCUCUCUCUUAGAGAAGAACAUGUGGCAAAAGGUCGAGAACGGACUUUUGCCCGUUCUCGACUUCUUUGUAGAGAAGAAAACCCAUUUCGACCUUCAAGAAAUCUUUCAACGGCUCACUUUCGACACCAUCUCCGCCAUUGUCCUCCAAGAGGACCCGACAAGCCUAAGCGUAGGCUUGCCGUAUAUUCCGGCGGAGAAAGCUUUCAACCUGGCGGUGGAAGCUCUCUUCUACCGGCAUGUCGUUCCAGAGAGCAUAUGGAGGCUGCAGAACUGGCUAGGAGUCGGUAAGGAGAAGAAACUCAACCAAGCACGUCGAGAUUUGGACGACUUCAUAUACUCCGCCAUAAGACGCAUGCGCGAGGACGACCGUAGUCAGGGAGUUAGCACUGAACUCCCUGACGACCGGACUCUCUUCGCGGCGUUCGGCAAAGCAUACGAGGAGCAAAAAUGGAUGAUGACCACGACCGGGUCAACGGAGUUCUUAAGGGACACAUUCCUGAGCCUAAUCUUCGCCGGAAGAGACACGACGAGCACCGCUCUGACGUGGCUCUUCUGGCUUCUCGCCAGAAACUCGCAGGUUCUGGCGAAAGUCCGACAGGAGAUCGAGGAGACCCUGAAUCCCGACAAACAAGAGAUGCUGAGGUUCUUCAAGGCGGAAGAAACGAAGAAGCUAGUGUACCUCCACGGGGCCCUCUGCGAGUCCCUCAGGCUCUUCCCUCCCGUGGCUCUGGAGCACAAGGUGGCAGCUGGGGAGGACGUCCUUCCCAGCGGCCACCGCGUGGGGCCCAACACGCGAGUCAUCCUCUCGUUCUACUCGACCGGGAGGAUGGCUGAGGCGUGGGGCGAGGACUGGGCGGAGUUCAAGCCGGAGAGGUGGGUGUGUGGGGGCGGGCGAACGAGGCACCAGCCGUCGUACAAGUUCCCGGCGUUCAACGCGGGGCCGAGGACUUGUCUGGGGAAGGAGAUGUCGUUCGUGCAGAUGAAAAUGGUGGCGGCGAAGAUGUUGCACGACUACGAGUUUCGCGUGGUGGAUCCUUCCUCCGUCUCCACCAGUGAUUUGAUCAUUCUUCAAGCUAAGCACGGUCUCAUAGUCCAAUUCACCCACCGUAGAAAAUAAAUGUUUCUCAUUAAUAAUAAUAAUAAUAAUAAUUGUUUCUAUUA